AUAAAUCUAGCUUGGAAUUUCCACAAUCAUAAAUCGAACGAACGAGUCUUUGUAUUCUUCAAAUUUUCUUUCAUUCAUUUCAUGGAACUUUCAACUCGCAUUCCUCGGCACCCUAAGCUUUCAAGGUUACAUUCACGCUAGCACAACUUCUACUAUUCGUUCAUUCAUUCAUUAAUGUUUUCAAUCGACGAUGCUAUUUCAAAUUCGUAUUCUAGAUGAUUCUUCAACAACCUUCUUCUUCUUCCACUUUCUCUCCCAUUCUCUCUUCCCUCUGUCCCUGCAACAAUGAACUCGCUACAUUCCCCUUAUCCAGAAGAAGGAGGAAACGCUUAAUUGCCAAUUUUGGCUAUCGCAAAUUCCGAAGAAAAUGCACCGUUCGUUUCUGCGCACUUCCCACAGAUUCUUCCAACAGAAAUUGGAACGGCGACUUCGGGAAUUCCGCCAGGAGGAGUGCCAGAAGUUUCGUUUUGAGACGAGUAUCGAACGAACUCGAGGGGGAGAGUGUGAACGACCGCGAAUCACAAGAGUCACCGGUUCAAUUAGGUUCCAACUUCACCGGAUUCCAAGAAGAUCCUAUUGUAGAUAAGCUUAGAACGCAAUUAGGGGUUAUACAUCCAAUUCCAUCGCCUCCGAUUAACCGCAACGUGGUUGGUUUGUUCGUGUUUUUUUUCUUCGUUGGAGUUGUUUUUGAUAAAUUGUGGACUUCGAGGAGGAGGAACAAAGUUAACAGUGAAGAUAGGUUGCGUGGUGUGUGGCCACAGGUUCCCACGAGCUUCUCCUUGUUUUUGGAAAAGGAUUUGCAGAGGAAAGAGUCGGUGGAAUGGGUGAAUAUGGUGCUGGGAAAGUUGUGGAAGGUGUAUAGAGGUGGGAUUGAGAAUUGGAUCAUAGGGUUGCUUCAGCCUGUUAUUGAUAACCUGAAGAAGCCUGAUUAUGUGCAGAGGGUUGAGAUUAAGCAGUUCUCCUUAGGGGAUGAGCCGUUGUCUGUUAGGAAUGUUGAACGCAGGACUUCUCGCCGGGUGAACGAUUUGCAGUACCAGAUAGGCCUUCGGUAUACUGGUGGCGCUCGGAUGCUGUUAAUGCUUUCUCUGAAAUUUGGUAUCAUUCCAAUUGUUGUACCUGUCGGUGUUCGAGAUUUUGACAUUGAUGGUGAACUUUGGGUAAAAUUAAGACUAAUACCCACAGAACCUUGGGUGGGAGCUGUUUCAUGGGCUUUUGUUUCACUUCCUAAAAUCAAGUUUGAACUUUCUCCAUUCCGACUGUUCAAUUUAAUGGCAAUUCCAGUUCUCUCAAUGUUUUUGACAAAACUUCUCACUGAAGAUUUACCUAGACUAUUUGUCCGCCCCAAGAAAAUUGUUUUGGAUUUCCAAAAGGGAAAAGCUGUUGGUCCAGUUGCUGAUGAUGUUAAAUCUGGAGCAAUGCAAGAAGGAAACAAGGAUUCUGUUGGUGAACUAUCUGUUACUCUGGUGGAUGCUCGAAAGCUUUCUUAUAUUUUCUAUGGCAAGACAGAUCCUUAUGUUAUUCUUAGCGUUGGAAAUCAGGUUAUACGCAGCAAAAAGAACAGUCAAACUACAGUAAUUGGCCCCCCUGGAAUGCCAAUUUGGAAUCAGGAUUUUCAUAUGCUUGUUUCCAACCCUAAAAAGCAGAAAUUAUUCAUCCAAGUAAAGGACGCUUUAGGAUUUGUAGAUUUGACCAUUGGCACCGGAGAGGUUGAUUUGGGAUCUCUUAAAGACACCGUACCAACAGACAGAAUUGUGGUUUUGCAAGGAGGUUGGGGAGUUUUGGGAAAGCGCUCUUCUGGGGAGAUAUUACUUCGGCUAACAUAUAAAGCAUAUGUGGAGGAUGAGGAAGAUGACAAAACUGUGUUGGAUUCCAUUUACACUGAUGCUUCAGAUGAUGAGUUGUCUGAUUCAGAAGCAAAUGUCACUAAUGAGAAGGAUGAAAGAGAGACUGUGUAUGAAACAGAUAAAGAGUCAUUUAUGGAUGUUUUGGCUGCAUUAAUUGUUAGUGAAGAAUUUCAAGGGAUAGUAGCAUCUGAAACAGGGUUUAGCAAAGUUUUGGAUAAUGGCUCAAGUACUGGGUCUAAAGUGUCAAAAUCUCCGGUUCCCAAUGCUGAAUCAAUUCCUUCUGGUUUGGAUAAUUCUGACGGUUCUGGAGGGUCAGGUUUAUUUUGGCUUGCUGUGAUUACUAGCAUAUCACUACUAAUUGCUCUCAAUAUUGGCGGUUCAAGUCUCUUCAAUCCUUAAGAUGGUCUUCUGUUGCUUGAAAUUGAUCCUGGUUCAGUGUUGGGCAGUAGAUACAGUUAGAUAAUUUUUAUUUUAUCCACUAGUAUAUAGUGUUUGUAUAUUCGUGAGUGCUUCUGACGGAGAAAAGCAUCUACCGGCGGCGGAUGAUUUUUGGCUUCAUUUUGUGAGAGCCACAAAUUUAAUUCAGCUUAAAUCUGGAUUAAUUGUCUAUAUGCAAGCAUUUUGUUUUAUACCCGGCAAUAAUAAAAUAGAAAAACAGGUUUCUUGUUUUACUUACCGGAAUUUUUUUAUAUACGGACCGUGUAAGAAAUACAACAUGAAAAAUGUCGAAAAUUGCUUAGUUUAUUUUCAACUUUAAUUUAUAGACAUUUAAAUAGUGUCAAUACUUCCUUAACAUUUUUCAUCUAUCUUUAUUUUGGUCACAUCAUUUAUUGAAAUUAUUAUUUUUCUCU